CAAGAUGGCCGGCGGGGAAAAUGGCUGCUCGGCGGGGCGGGGGCCGGGGCCGGAGCCCGAGCCCGGAGAAGAGUUCGAGAUCGUGGACCGGAGCCAGCUGCCGGGCCCGGGCGAGCUGCGGAGCGCGGCGCGGCCGCGGGCGGCGACGGAAGCCUGGUCGGCGCCCAUCCUGACCCUGGCGCGCAGGGCCACCGGGAACCUGUCGGCGAGCUGCGGGAGUGCGCUGCGCGCGGCCGCGGGGCUGGGCGGCGGGGACGGCGGCGCGGACGGCGCGGCGCGCGCAGCUUCCAGGAGCCAGAUGAUGGAGGAGCGUGCCAACCUGAUGCACAUGAUGAAGCUCAGCAUCAAGGUCCUGCUGCAGUCCGCCCUGAGCCUGGGCCGCAGCCUGGACGCGGAUCACGCCCCCUUGCAGCAGUUCUUUGUAGUCCUGGAGCACUGCCUCAAACACGGGCUGAAAGUUAAGAAGAGUUUUAUUGGCCAAAAUAAAUCUUUCUUUGGUCCUUUGGAGCUGGUGGAGAAACUUUGUCCAGAAGCAUCAGAUAUAGCCACUAGUGUCAAAAAUCUGCCAGAAUUAAAGACGGCUGUGGGAAGAGGAAGGGCGUGGCUUUAUCUUGCACUCAUGCAAAAGAAGCUGGCAGAUUAUCUGAAAGUGCUAAUAGACAAUAAGCAUCUCUUAAGUGAGUUCUAUGAGCCGGAGGCAUUAAUGAUGGAGGAAGAAGGGAUGGUGAUUGUCGGACUGCUCGUGGGACUCAAUGUUCUCGAUGCCAAUCUCUGCUUAAAGGGAGAGGACUUGGAUUCUCAGGUUGGUGUGAUCGAUUUUUCCCUCUACCUUCGGGGUGUUCAGGAUCUCGACGGUGGCAAAGAGCACGAAAGGAUCACUGAUGUCCUUGAUCAAAAGAAUUAUGUGGAAGAACUUAACCGGCACUUAAGCUGCACGGUUGGGGAUCUUCAGGCCAAGAUAGACAGCUUGGAAAAGACAAAUUCAAAGCUUCAAGAAGAGCUUUCCGCGGCAACUGACCGGAUUUGUUCCCUUCAAGAAGAGCAGCAGCAGUUAAGAGAACAAAAUGAGUUAAUCCGCGAAAGAAGCGAGAAGAGCGUUGAGAUCACGAAACAGGACACAAAGGUUGAGCUGGAGACUUACAAGCAAACUCGGCAAGGCCUGGAUGAGAUGUACAGCGACGUGUGGAAGCAGCUCAAAGAGGAGACGAGGGUCCGCCUGGAACUGGAAAAAGAACUGGAGUUACAAAUCGGAAUGAAAACCGAAAUGGAAAUUGCGAUGAAGUUACUGGAAAAGGACACCCACGAGAAACAGGACACUCUGGUCGCCCUUCGCCAGCGGCUGGAGGAAGUCAAGGCGAUCAAUUUACAGAUGUUUCACAAAGUGCAGAAUGCGGAGAGCAGCCUACAGCAGAAGAACGAAGCCAUCUCCUCUCUCGAAGGAAAAACCAACCAGGUUAUGUCCAGCAUGAAGCAGAUGGAAGAAAGGCUGCAGCACUCGGAGGGCGCCCGGCGCGCGGCGGAGGACAGGAGCCGCGAGCUGCAGCGGGAGCUGGGCGGCCGGGUGGACACCCUGCAGCGGCAGCUCUCCCGGCUGCACGACCAGUGCUCAAGUCUAGAGAAGGAGCUGAAGUCAGAAAAAGAGCAAAGGCAGGCUCUGCAGCGAGAACUGCAACGUGAGAAAGACACCUCCUCUCUGCUCCGAACAGAUCUGCAGCAGGUAGAAGGGCUGAAAAAGGAGCUGCGGGAGCUCCAGGACGAGAACGCGGCGUUACGGAAGGUCUGCGGCGAGCAGGAACAGGCCCUCCAGGAGAUGGGCCUGCACCUCAGCCAGUCCAAGCUGAAGAUGGAAGACAUAAAAGAAGUAAAUAAGGCGCUAAAGGGCCACACGUGGCUGAAAGAUGACGAAGCAACACAUUGCAAGCAGUGUGAGAAGGAGUUCUCCAUCUCCCGGAGGAAGCACCACUGCCGCAACUGCGGCCACAUCUUCUGCAGCACGUGCUCCGGCAACGAGCUGGCCCUGCCCUCGUACCCCCGGCCGGUGCGCGUGUGCGAUGGCUGCCACACGCUGCUGCUGCAGCGCUGCUCCUCCACGGCCUCCUGAGCCCGGCCCGGCCCGGGGAGCACCGGCGAACGCGCCUCAGGGAGACACGGGGUUGGGGGAGCUCGUUUCCCGAGACUCCAGGGAAAGGAGGAAACCCCGGCCGUGCCAGCAGCCCACGAGAAGGCGCGGACCGGAGCUGGAGCGCACACCUUCUUUUCUGAGCCCUGAGGGCUCUGCUCCUCUGUGUGGGGAUCUUGUCAGAAGUAACCAGUUUUGCUAUUGUCAUUUUUCACUUUUCAAAAAUUAACCUAUUUUGCAACGGCUGUGCUAGUGAUUCAUCAGUUCCUUCCUCUUCCCCCCUCCCCGACCCUCCAAACACCCUUGCUCUCCUCACACCCUCCGGGCCCUGUGGCAUGCCACCUCUGCCUCCGAGCAGACAAACGUGCCACCCAACCCCAUGCCCACCCUGCAAUAAAACCCCGGAUGGUUCAUUCUGGUGCAGAAAACAAGCCAUGUCAACUUCACUGAAGCUUGCCAGCCAAGCAUCCCCUGAAGGCCCACAGGGAGGAGGGCUGGGGUGGAGGGCAGGAAGUAAGGUUUGGGGAACACUGCAGGCAGCAAUUGGCGGAGAGCCCGCCAGCUCUGGAGCCCAAGCUGUGCCCUGCCCAGGUCCUUGCCAAGCCCACUGCCGGUGGGCACAAAAUAACCGACCGGCCUUGGGCCCAUCGCCGAAGCUCACAUGCGGUCUGCUGAUGGAGCGGAGGUGCUGGGAUGGAGAGCUGUGGGGGGGGCACCCGGCCUGCAGGCAUAAGCUGUUCGUGGGACUUAAGACUGGCCUGGGAUCCUCCUUUGGCUCCCCGAGCACAUGCACCGGGACCCACCCCCCGGGAAGGGGCCGCAGCCUUCCCAUCGGCUGGAGUGCACAGGACACAAGGCUCCGGAAGUCAUGGGACAGAAAGCAGCAGCAGUCUCGGGACGUCAGGUGGGUCGGGUCCCCCUCUCGGUCAGAUAGGACGCCCGUUCCUUACCCUGCCCCACGUGCCAGCCGCCGGGUCAGCACCGGUCUGACGCUUGUUUUAAAUGGCUCAACUGAUCUCGACUCCAGGUCUGCCCCAGCCUCCAUCCUCAACAUACCUUUUAUCACGGGAAGCUGUCCGCAUUAGGUCCCAGGAUUAACCCAAGGUCACAGCUAGAGGGCUUCAUGGUCAGGAUUCAGGCCUGUCCAGCUCCAGAACCUCCUGCCUAACUUGUAAGCUUCAGGUUUUCAGACCAAAUUAGGGAAGCAGAUGGUGGCUGCACUGGGCCCCGCAACCUCGCUUCACCCAAGCAGGGUUUUAAUCUCAUGUGGCCCCAACUUUUUCAGAAAAACUCGGCAUACUGCACCUUGUUCUCUCAGUGCACCCAAUUUGUGCUCUCCACUUGCUGGGGGAGUAGGGGUAGGGGCUUCAGCAAGUCCCUUCACUUCUGAGCCUUGGCACUCACCUGCACCCAUAAAAGGAAGGAUAACCCCUACAUCACGACUCAUGACAGCAUCGCAACAACCAUGUGUCUGUGUGACCGAUGCCUGGUUCCCUUCCUACUCUUCCCAAUUUAUAUGCCCAAGGUCGGAGACCCUUCAGUCCAGUUUGGCAUCACUUCCGUCCAACCCGUAUUCUCAAGCUCAAUUUUGUUCAACUAUUAGAGGGCCUGGGGUAUGAGUCAUUCUAAGUUGUUUCCAUGUGAUACUGGUCCGUGGAGCACAAGAUCAUAAAGGACCAUAAGGGACAUAAAGGACUUUUUUGAAGUCAGAUGGUUCUGAAAUAGCUUAUCAGCCUUACUCCCUAAAUUUCUAGUUGACAAAGAUGGUUCCUCGUUCCUAACCUUAAAGCAGCCACAGGACUCAACGACACCAACCCUCUUCUCAACACCCGAGAUCAGGUAACUUAGUCAAGACCUCAGCCAAGUGCGCCCUCAGCACUGCCCUCUGGAAACGUGUCCCUCCCUCCAGCAGCCUUUCCGCAGUGCCCGGGACAGGAGGACUGCGGGGUCCUGCACACCUCCUCGAGUCCAACCCUGCCAGGUACAGCACGACCAGGACGUCAGCCUUAGCCCAAAACAAACGAGAACCUUCAGCACGGCCACGGCAAACUUCAGACCGGUGACUUCCGGGUGCACCAGCCCAGAGAGAGAUCAGGUUCUAACCUCAGUGCUUCUGACUCCGGAGAAAUGAUUCCGUACCUGGACUCGGCAGAGGCAGUUUCCAAACGGAAAAGCCCUUGGGUCUAGACCAAAGGGAAUUCUGUGAAACCUUUAAGAACUGCUUGUUGCAACUUAGAAACUUGUCCCCCAGCAAAGCCUGCGAGCCCUACCCUACCGAGACAUGUCGCCAUAGUUGGCUUAAACCAGCAGCUGUCCUUACCCCCAGAAUCCGUGGCAUCUACCCCAGGUUCCCAGGAAAUACAACUUUGCUCUCGGGUAGACUUGACUUUUAGAGAAAAACACACAAGAUCCAAGACCUCAACCCACAAGCUUCUUCAGAGGCUUCCUUUUAGAAGACACCCACAUACAAGCAAAAUCCAGACGAGUUCCCAAGGGUGGCUCCGGGCAGCCCCUCUCCUCUGGACCCGUCCUCAGCCUUGCCCGGGUGCCUGUGCACAUGCAGGCCAUGCAGCUCCCACAGCUCACAAGCAGUUCACGUCAGGCCAACUUGCAGCCCCUCCAGAAGGGCCCCCAAGCUCGGUUUACCUUUGUUGCACUGGAGGGAGGAGAAGUCUGAAGGCGUCUACACCGCAGCCUCCACUGCAGAGCCUCUGCCAAGCCUGAGACGUGGACCACUGUCACCUACGCCCCAGGCUGGAACAGAGUACAGAACAGUCCACAUGACGCUGAAGCACAGGCAAGACAAAUGGCAGUUUUUAAAAGGAAGAUUUAUUUGACAGUUUUCACUUAGCGCAAUACACCUAAAAGGAAAUCACGAUACAAUGAGAUUUAAAUCAAGGCCUCAGAAUUUCAUACAAACACCAAGACCAGAAAUCCUAAAGUACUGGUAUUGCGUCUCAAUUUUCCCCAUUAACUUAAAAAAGCUUAAACUUACGUGCCUUACAGAUUAAAUGAAACUAGUAAUUAACGAACAUGCCAAAUGUUUCACUUUUAAUUGUAGACACAGCUCCUAUAUUUUUGACUUUUACAAAAAAGCAUGUCUUUCAACAUGUACCCAAACAGUGCUCAAUGUCAUGUGUAGGUAUAAGAGCAACAUUUAACAUAAUUGAACUGCUUUAACCUAAAUACGCUACUGCUUUAAGUACAUCCUACAACAAAACUAACUUGAGAAAUGCUGAAAAUUGUUCAACAGUUAUAGUUUACUCAAUCUUUGUUGUUAACAUCCUAGAUGAAUUUCGUGUUCAAAAAUACUGAACCUGAAGUCUUUAAAACAAUCCUGAUUUCCACUUAGAGUAAGCAUAAGUUACAAGCUUGUAUUGCCAAACUGUUCAACUGAAGUUUUUGUUUUUUCUUUAAAAAAAAGUUGCCCAGGAGGCAGUGACCAGGAGCCCUUACACCCCCCACCCCCCGCUCACACUGGACAUGCCCGACACCCCCCCCAUUCCGUUCACUCCCACGGCCACGCGGCUUCCACUGCUGUAGCAGCUGCUGCCCCCGGCUCCUUGGCCACCUGCGGAGAGAGCGAAGGGACAAGUCAGGAGGGUGCCGGGUCAGCAGCCACCCAAAACACAUUCCAAGGAGAGUUUACAAAGUGUACGAGUGCAAAGGGCUGCUGUCCGAGACAAGCAAGUUUGGAAAAGGGGAAACCCAACUCCAAACAAGUCUCAGUUAACCCCUUUUCUCUGCAGUACCAACUUGCCAGACUCUUGUGCUACCAUUUAAACGGAUGCUUCAGGAUCAAUGUGGAAAAUUAAGUUUAAAGGAAAACUAGUGUUUUUCAAAAAUUGCAAAAAUUACUUUGUUGUUUUUAAAGCUAAACAAGGUAGUUCAAAAAAAAAUUUACCAUUAACCUUCACCUGUCCACUGAGUGGCAUGUGUGAACAGGAGCACAGGGGUCUCGUGCUUCUCCUGUUUGUGGGCAGAUGUGAGACCCAGCACUGCCCACAGCAGCAGCCUCCAGGGAGUUCAGUCAGAACCACUGACUGCUACCAAGUGUCAUUACAACAUACGUGUUUGCUAGUGGGAAUUUAAAUUAUAUUUUUUCAGAAAAUAUUUACCUAUGCAAUGUUUGAUUGAAAAUCACUGGAGUUUUCCUGUAAAACUUGGUCUGCAAAAGGAUUUUGUAGGGUAAGACUAUAAUACCAAAAUCACCAUUCUUUAGACCAAUUGAAAAAAAAAUAAAACCAAUCCUAGGUUAACUGACUAGUAAAUACGGUCCUGAACCCAACCACCAUUCCAUUUAAAAUUGUCCCUCCACCUAAAAUUGAUUUAAUGCUAACCAAAAGACAGAAAGUGAACUACUUUAUCCAAUGUUUUCAUAAACGGAGGCAGACAGUUUCUGGCUCGACACUAUUCAAAACUGCAAUAAUGACUAGUUUCAAAUUUUGUAGAACGCUUCCCCCUCCCAAUGCUUGUUUCUGAAAAUUUCUACACUAAGAAAUUGUAUCAGAGUUUAAAGUAUACAUUUAACACACCCAUUUCACCAAAAAGGAGCCUGCACAUUUUCCCCAACUAGAGAAACCUGCCUAGGACUCAUGUCACGCAUGUGAAGAAAUGUGCAUACCGUAUCCACUCAUGCUGCUCUGGCCACCGUAGCCGCCUCCGUAGCCGCCGCUCAGCUGCUGGCUGGCCGGGCCUCCAUAACUGGACUGGUUCGCUGUUAAGAGAACAUCAGAACCUUGUAUCCAAUUUAACGUGGUACCUGCUGAUACCGGGCUUGUAAAGCUACAUCUGUGGUUCUCCAGCCUUCGUCUUCUGUAACUGUGACUCCCUGCCCCUUUCUGCCUAUUGACUUCCCUCAGACUAGCCCUCUAUCCACCAUCCAAGCUACUCAAACAUUUACAAACCAAAUGGCAACGGUCUACAGCCACAGGAUUAAACCCACAGGAUUUCAUAAGCAGAGGCAUUUUGUGAGGCUCUUACAAAAAACUAGAGUUGGUAGGGAUCCCCCCCUUCAUUUGAUAUACACUGAGAUAUACUGAUACACAUUCUCACUGAACACCUAAUUAAGCCCCCCAAAUUAUUUUGACCGUUUUUGCCAAACAUUUAUUUCAGAUCUAGACUUUAUAUUUAGGCAAGUCAAAGGGUUUCAUUCUGGUCCCCUCCCCCAAAGUACUUAGAUAUAAUCAGAUUUAUCUAUCCUAAGCAGUUUUAUGUAACUUACGUGGAUUUAAUUAGUAAACCAGACACAAAGUAUAUUCAUUCAAAUCAAGAAACUUUGCCUAACUUAUACUGUUAUACUAAAUUCAUUAAAUCUUGAUUAACUUACAUAAUCAACUUAUAGAUAUAUUUGGUUUUUAAAAAAACUAACGAUAUUUACACAAGCCCAUGCCUCCCAUCAUCUGGCUACCAUAAGCACCACCGCUUGCUCCUGCUGUAGAAUUCAAGAAGAGCUCUACGUAUCUGUGCUCUGAAAUUAGAAAAAAGGCAUACAAGGUUAGCUUAAAAAAAAAAAAAAAAAAAAAAGACACUAAAGUGAUAUUUA